CUUUUACGUCAUAUCUCCGCGUCUGCUGUAAACAUCUCACGUUGUCUAAAGUCUUAGCUGAAAUGGCACCGACAGGGAAAAUGACAAGCAAGACAUUUCCAGCAAAAAAGGGAAACAAGACGAAUCAUAAACAUUUCAAACAGGAUUUUAAAAAGAAGAGGAAAUGGCUCCCCGAGAACAAAACGUUCGAAGGUGGCAUCUGUGAAGGUCAAGGCUUUGCUUUCAAGAGGAAGGAGAAAGCCAGGCAUGAGUACAACAGACUUCUGCGGAAAGAGAAGAGGAGAAUUAACACCGAUUCCAAAAUACAGUACAAGGACGAGUACCCAGAACACCUCAGACAUCUGUACUUGGCUGAGGCUGAGAAACUGAAACAAGAGGCCUGGUCAAAUAGGUUGAACAGGAGUAAACUGAGAGUGAGAGAUCAGGAGCAGGUACAAGAACGGUCUGAAAGUGAAGCAGCUGCUGCUGCAGAACACAGUGAAGCUGCUGGUACUGAUACGACAGUUAUUGGUGGAUCUGAGCCUAGCACUACAGAUGUAAAGGACUCCGACCAAACUGCAUCACCAGACAAAGAAAGUCUACCAUUGAGCAACCGCAUGAAGAAAAAGAUGCAGAGAAAGUCGUCCUACCAGAAGACGAGAGAAGAAUAUGAGAAUGUCAUAGAGAAACAGAAGAAAAAGAAAGAGGAGUAUUUAAAGAACAAGCAGCAGAAAGAAGAGGCCAUUCAGAGGUACAAACAGAAAAAGAUGGAGACGUUUCAGAUUCUGAGCAAAAAGACCAAGAAAGGACAACCCAACCUCAACCUUCAGAUGGAGUAUUUACUGAAGAAGAUCCAAGGAAAUGAGUAACAACUGUACACAAACAGAGCUAAAGUGAACUCUGAGACCUGUGGAAGCAAUCAAUCAGUCAAACUGGAGCCGUUCAUGAGGAGUCAAACAUCAAGACUGAAUUUACUCUGUUUUGUAUCUGUGCUUUUCCCUAAAAGGUCGUGACCGUGAGGUUUUUAUGGAAAACAACACAUGCAGAACAAAACUGUCUCAUCCCCACAGAUAUCGCGCUUUUUUCUUGAUGAAUGGUUAGAAACACAUCAAUGUUUGGUUCAAGAUAAAGAGAAUAUUAAACCUUUGAUGUAUC